AUGAAAUUGUUUACGCUCUCUGCCGCAUGUCUGGCUAUCGCUGGCCUGGCUUAUGCGACCCCUCACAAAAACCCCAAGCCCAUGUUCAUUAAUCAGUUUGACGAGGCAUCCAACGACUUUCAAUUCCUGUCUUCCGUCAAAUCGCCAUUUACAGCCAAUCAGCAUUCUCUUUUCGAGUCCAGCAAGCGUCCUUCUGCUCUCAAGGUCGAGACCAAGAGCACCAUGUCAGCUACUGGAAAAAUAACUGUUUGGAAUGUACUUACUCAUGCCAAGUUUCCUAAAUACACCAUCCGUGUGAGGGAAAAGGUUGAGCUAUGCGAUCCUAGUGUUCAGCAGACUUAUGUUGGCUACCUCGAUACUGAAGACAAUAAUCACUUUUUCUUUUGGUUUUUCGAAAGCAGAGAUAAGCCUAAAACUGAUCCUGUAAUUUUGUGGCUUAAUGGUGGCCCUGGCUGCUCAUCUCUCACCGGUCUUCUUAUGGAGCUUGGCCCUUGUCGUGCCAACCCCGAGGGAAAUGGUACCACCAUCAACAAGUCUUCUUGGAAUGCUAAUGCAAACGUCGUCUUUUUAGAUCAGCCUACCAAUGUUGGCUUCAGCUACGGUGAUGGAAAGGUUACAGACUCGGAUGCUGCUGCUCAAGACGUUUAUGCUUUCCUUCAGAUAUUUUUCCAGAAAUACACCCAAUAUGCCAAACUUCCCUUCUUUGUUACUGGAGAAUCGUACGCUGGCCACUACAUUCCUGCUAUUGCCAAGACUAUUUCUGAGGGAAAUGCAGCCUCAAUUAAGCAUCAUACACUCGAUGAUGGUCCAGAAACUGUCGAGAUUCAAUUGAAAGGGCUUGCUAUUGGAAACGGUUUAACUGACCCUUUGGUGCAAUAUCAGUACUAUCCUGAUAUGGCCUGCGAUGACAAAUAUGGACCUAUUCUUGAUGAACAGACCUGCAACACUAUGCGUUCCAAGUAUAGCACAUGUAAAUCUUUGAUCAGCGCAUGCUACAACUGGAAAAGCGCUUUUACUUGUGUGCCAGGCUCUCUUUAUUGUAAUUCUGCCAUGAUCCAGCCAUUCCAAUCUUCUGGCAAGAAUAUUUAUGAUAUUCGCAAGGACUGUGACGCUUCCAACCCACUUUGCUACUCUAUUUUAAAUGACAUCGAGUCUUGGUUAAACCGUCCAGAUAUUCAGGAGCAACUUGGUGUAGAUGUUACCUACCAGGGCUGUAACAGAGACAUCAAUGUCAGUUUUCUUAUGGCUGGUGACUGGAUGCACCCAUAUGUCGAGUAUAUUGCUCCACUUCUCGAGGAAGGGAUCGCCAUUAUGAUUUAUGCCGGUGAUGCCGAUUAUAUUUGCAACUGGAUUGGAAAUAAAGCAUGGACUAUGUCUCUUGAGUGGUCUGGCCAGGAAGGAUUUGAAAACGCCGAGGACAAGCCAUGGGUCUCUGAAGUUACUGGUAAGGCUGCUGGUGAAUUCCGUCAACAUGAAAACUUUUCGUUUGUUCGGGUUUAUGAAGCUGGCCACAUGGUUCCGUAUGAUCAGCCCGAGCAUUCUCUUGAGAUGAUCAACCAUUUCACACGAUACACUCUAUCCAAAAAAGGCGGGAAAAAGCACCAUAAAUGA